UUUCUCUCUUCUUCUCUCUCUCUCUCUCUCUCUCUCUCUCUCUCUUAUUGGUGUUCUUUUGUUUGGAUAGUUUUCUUCAGGCUGCUUCACACUCUCGCUGCCAAAUUUGCAAUGAACGUCAACAUUCUAUGCUGAGAAGGAAGAAUAGCUUUGAAGAAGUUUCCACCUGUAAUCAUGAGCGGCAAUUCACCUGUUUCCCUUAAAUAUCGGAAAGGAAAACCCAAUGUACUUGUUGAGGUUGCUAAUACAGAGAAACAGUUAUGGACAUUGAUCCUUUUCAAAGGUUUAUUGUGCUCAGAUGUUCAAGAGUUGUACCGCAAAGUCUGCUCAAGUUAUGAGAAAAUUGUACUGAAUGAUUAUGAUCAGGCAGAGCUUCAGGAUGUUGAAUUUUCUCUCUGGAAGCUUCAUUAUAAGCACAUUGAUGAAUUUCGCAAAAGAAUAAAGAAAAGUUCUGGUAAUUCAGAUAAUACAACAUUUGCAGUGCUGCAAAGUGGUGCAAACCUGCAGAAAAGCAAUGACAAUCAUAUAGAAGGAUUCAAAUCAUUUUUGUUGGAAGCAAUUGAAUUUUAUCAAAAUCUGAUAGUAAAAAUUAGAAGAUGCUGUGGGCUCCCAGAAGAAUAUUCCUUCUUUAGAAAAGAUGGCAUCUCCAUGACUGUUGAACCAAAAAAAAUGCAGAAAUGCCAAUUUUUAUGCCAUCGCUUUUUAGUUUGUCUUGGGGAUCUUGCUAGGUACAAAGAGCAGUAUGAAAAAUUUGGUUCAGAGGAUCACAACUGGUCAGUUGCAGCCACCUAUUAUUUGGAAGCUACAAUGAUUUGGCCAGAUAGUGGAAACCCCCAAAAUCAGUUGGCAGUAUUGGCAACUUAUGUUGGUGAUGAGUUCCUUGCUUUGUAUCACUGCAUAAGAAGUUUAGCUGUUAAAGAGCCUUUUCCUGAUGCGCAUAAUAAUCUCAUUUUAUUGUUUGAAAGAAAUAGGUCAUUAUAUUUGCAUUCCCUUUCUCGAGAGGCCUGCUUUGAUUUCUUAAAACCAUCUGAAAGAAGCAGUUGUCAGAUUAAGUCACAAUCGAGUAGUGAUGUUUCAAAUUGCAAUAUGUUGAAAGCUGACAAUAUUUGCUCUGUGGAAACAACUUUGUGGUCACUUAUCAUCAGAACAAUGAGUUUCUUUUUCAUAAAAUCCAGUUUGGAGGACUUCCCUUGUGCUUUUGCUUCUACGAUGAGAGAGCUGGACUCCAUUCUGGAACUAGAUGAUACAAAACUAGUAGCCAUGCUGGCGUCCUAUGAGCUUAUGGGUUCAGCUAGAGCGGGCCCUUUUAGAGCCCUUCAAGUUGUUCCUAUAUUUAUGUUUGUUGUGCAGAAGGUAAUCAGUAGCAGUGGAACAAAACUAUUGGAAGACAAAAAUGAUUUAAAGGAGCUUGAGUUGACAAGAUUUGCAUUGACUGUGACAUUCAUUUUCAUGGGGCGCCUAGUUGAUAGGUGUUUGAAGUCAAAUCCGUUGGUUUCUUGCCCCCUUCUACCUGCUGUACUUGUUUUUGUGGAGUGGUUGGUGGGCAUGCUUGAUGAAGUAGAAGCACAUGAGACUGAUGAUAAAGUUUACAGUGCUAUGUCUUACUUUUUUGGUGCUUUAAUUGCACUUCUAAAGAAGUUAGAUUUUAGAGGCGAAGUCUCAAAUCCUGAGAGGACUGCUCUGUGGGAAGACUAUGAGUUGAGGGGCUUUGCACCACUAUCUUGUUCUCAUGUCUCAUUAGAUUUCUCAACUCAUUAUGAAUGUGUACAGAGUUUUGAAAGUGGAACUAAAUGUCGUGCUGACCGCAUAAUUAAUGCUGCAAUUAAGAUUGCAGACAGAUCAAAUGGUUCUCAAAGGUGGAUAAUCUAUGACAAAGCAGAAACAAAAUUCUAUGCGGCAGAUUCAAAUGUAAACUCAGACAGGAGAAAAUCAGAAGCAGAGUUGACCACUGAUCUUAAAGUGAAAGAGCCCCAGUGUACAUCUGAUUCCACAGAGGAUUGUGAUAAACAAAGCCCUGGGGAAAACGCGAGUAGCCUUUCUGUAUAUAACAAAUCCGUUGCUGUGGAAGAGGAAGAAGUCAUUGUUUUCAAACCUCUUACAAGAUAUAAUUCUGCACCACUCUAUCCUUCUAUCUAUAAAAAAGAGUUGGAGUCUCCAAAGGACAUAGAGGAGCAGACUGUAUCUCCUGAUGACUGCUUGCGUCGUGCCACAUCUUUGCUUAUAGCACAAAACCAGAAGCAAGGUGAUCCUUCAGAGUUUCAUUCUGACAUCACUAAUUUCAGGCCCAGCAAACCAUUUAAGCAGCCGGAGUCUCCUCUUGUAAAGGAAACUGGAACACACUCAUUUUUUCAAACCCCUGUCUCUGCUGGGCCUCCCUCCCUCAGUGCUUGGGUCUUUGAUAGAGGAAUUGUCGAUAAUGAUAAGGAAAAAGGGAGAAGUGAUAUAACUAAACCUGUCUUGAGCCCUAUAGAUGAAAUAGCUUCUACUUCUUUAUCUGGUCUUUCCAUCAGAGGAAACGAAGAUUCGGUCAUUGGUUCUAGGCAAGAUUAUGCAAGCAGCCAUUACUCAUCUCCUUAUUCAGCUCCAUUGCCUUCUGCCCCGUUAUUGCCUGACAAUGCUGCUUGGUUUGAUGCUGUUCAACCUAGUUUUUCCAACUUCAAUAACACAGGGAGCAACAAUAGAAUAGGUUCCCAUGCUGAUGCAUUACAGUUAAGCAGCUAUCCAACUUGGGGUGCUACUCCUGGUCCACCUGAUUAUGGUUCUGCCAUUCCUGGUUUCAUGGAUGGAUACCCUCCAUUCCGUGGAAUGUCUUCUUCUGAAUGGCUUCGUCAGUACAGAGAAAAUCAAAAUCUUGAUAGGGCCAAUAGCCAUUCAUGGCCUCUUCAUUUUUAUGCUCCCAGGAACUCUGGCAACUUCCAUGGUCAAGAUGCUUCCUGGUUCGAUCCUUCUAAUCAGUGGCUAGCUCCUUUGGCUUCGAACCAAAUGGUUUAUACUGAGAGCACACCGUUGCAUCCAGGGUUGCCCCAAGUUCAUGAUGCAGAUGAACACAGAAGGGAUAAGCUGUUUCAUGGUUACCAAAGACCACCUCCUUAUGGUUGUGGUGUUGCAACAGACUUCAGAGACGAGCCACAGCCGCUUUUGCAGUAUCUGAAAGAGAAAGAAUGGUUACUCCAUAGGGACCCAACCCUGAGAGGUCCAUAUAUGGGAAACUGAAAUUUCUACACAUGUUGAUAUGAGCAGACUACUGGUAUAGUAAGUCAACUUGAAGAAGUUAACGAGGCUGUAUGAAUAUGAACUAUAUUGUGAAUAUUUAUGCUGUACUUUGAUAUCUAAAAUAGGUAUUACAUUAAAGAAUGUUUGUAGAGAAAAUCUUACUCCCCACCACAUAUCAUGUAGAUGAUUUUGUAUAACAUUUGUACUCUUCACUGUUCAGAUAUGAUUUUCUCCAUCCUUGUGUGUAA